CGAUCUCGUACCCGCCAGUUCGUUUAUGUCCCUCCAUUCUUCUUCUUUUCAAGCGCCAGUCGCGGCAAAUAUCGCGACCCAAAAGAUAAACGGCCAUGAUUUUAUCGCCAUAGUUCCAAUCAUCCUCAAGCUGGUUUUAGCUCUCUCUCCCUUCCUCUGUUCAAGAAUAACCAACUUCUAAAGAUAUACCAUUCUUGGAGCUCCCCUCAUCUCUCUCUGUCUCUCUAUCCGUGUAUUUAUCUGGCUCUCUUUUUUUCUGUUUCUCUCUUGGUUACUCUGUUUAUACUAUGUAGGAACUUGGAUUCCUAGUUUUCUUUGUUUCUGGGUAUUUGAUAUCAUUUUCAUUCAAGGAACUUUCUUUCUUUGAUUUAAGUUUAAGAUAUCAAACACCCAGAAAUUUUAGCCAAUGGCUAUGGAAGAAGAAGAAAUCCGGGAAAUCCCAGAAAUGGAAAUACAGAGUGACGAGAAAAAGAGAGACUUCAUCCUUGAUGAACCCUCACCAAGAGGUGUAUUGGAGAUUCCUAUUUUAAGUCCGUGCUCUGAUCACAGCGGCAGCAGUAGCUCAAAUUCUACCGAGAAAUUAGUCCCUGAACGAGAGGGUAAUUUGUUACAAUGGAAGAGCAUGCUUGAUUCGUUUAGGAAGAAAUCCAUGAGAAGGUUUUCUGUGAUUCCAUUGCUCAACAACUAUGAUAUUAUUGCUAAGAGGAAUUUGAAAAGGAAAUUGACUAGAAUGCAGAAUUCCCCUCAUGUGGUGAUUGAUUGGGAAGGCAUGCCAAUUCCUAAACCAUCCUGGAGAAAUUUUGAUUAUGCAGAACUUGAGGCUGCAACUGAUAAUUUCAGUUCUGAGAAUUUGAUUGGAAAGGGUGGCCACGCAAAAGUGUACAAGGGGUGUUUGUCUGAUGGUCAAGUUGUAGCUGUGAAGAAGAUAGUCAAGACUGAAAAGGAAGAACAGGGUAGAAUUGGCGAUUUUUUAUCUGAGCUUGGGAUUAUUGCACACAUAAACCAUCCCAAUGCUGCUAAAUUGCUUGGUUUCAGCAUCGAUGGCGGUUUGCAUCUUGUCCUCGAAUAUUUACCACAUGGCAGCCUUGCUUCCAUUCUCCAUGGUGGAGGAGAAUGUCUAGAUUGGAAGAAAAGGUUUCAGGUAUCUAUAGGAAUAGCAGAAGGAUUGCUGUACCUGCAUCACGAUUGCCAAAGACGGAUUAUCCAUAGAGACAUCAAAGCCUCUAACAUAUUGCUUGGUGAAGAUUAUGAAGCUCAGAUUUCUGAUUUUGGACUGGCAAAGUGGCUUCCAGAAAAUUGGGUUCACCAUGUUGUCUUUCCCAUUGAGGGCACAUUCGGGUAUUUGGCUCCAGAGUAUUUUAUGCAUGGGAUAGUUGAUGAGAAGACUGAUGUAUUUGCUUAUGGGGUUCUAUUACUAGAGAUAAUAACAGGUCGCCAUGCCGUUGAUUCGAGUAGACAAAGCCUUGUGAUGUGGGCAAAACCACUGUUACAGGAAAACAAUGCUAAAGAAUUAGCUGAUCUGCGAUUAGGUAACGAUUAUGAUCCGGCUGAAAUGAAGCGUGCCAUGUUAACAGCUUCAAUGUGCAUCAACCACCUACCAUCUAUGCGUCCGCACAUGAAUCGGGUUGUGCAGUUAUUGAAGGGUAAGGAAGCACCAAUAGAUUUGAAGCAAAAGACUAAUGCAGGGAGGGCUGUGAUUUUGGAUGGUUGUGAUAUACAAGAUUAUACUUGCACCAGUUACCUCAAUGACCUCAAUCGUCAUAUGCAACUUGUGAUGGAGUAGUGUUUUAUUUGAUACACUUAGGAGGAGCUACUGCUGUUUCUGCUGCUUUAGUUUUCCACUGUGUUUUUGAGGAAAAAAAUGUUCGAAUUUCCGUUUUCUUCGUGAGUGGAGAAAUCAACAUUUUUCUCCUUCAGGAUUUUCUCCCGAUGGGUUGUUUGACAUGAAAUCAUAUUGAACAGUAAUGAAGAGUAAUCACAAUACA